UCCAAAGUUGUGAGCGGAAGUGUUUUUCUGGCUCAUGCUGUUCAGGAAACCUGCAGUUCACAGACACAGUAGCUAUUUCCUCAUUGAGCCUGAAGAUACCAGAGAUGAAAAAACAGGACACAGAAGAGUCAGUCAGCCAGGGCAGUGAGGAUGCUCCACCUGCAGCCGGAGAGACGGAGCAACCUGCAGCUGCGAAGGACAGCUCGGACGGCAACAGCCCCAAAGAGUCUGAGCCACAGACCCCACAGACAGAGACCCCACAGACAGAGACCCCACAGACAGACACACCUCCACAGAGUGACGAGGCGGGAAGUGAAGUCGCAGAGGCGCCACUGUCUCAGUGUGACAUGGCUGAGGAGCUGAGCCGGCAGCUGGAGGACAUUCUCAGCACCUACUGUCGGGAAAGCAUGUCGGACGACGCCAGCUCCCUGCCCAACGGCCAGUCACACAGCCUAGAGCUCAAUGGUCUGACCAGGGAUCUGGACAAGCCAGCGGAGGGCAAAGUCAAUGGAGCAAACAACGGGGUGGAGAAGGAGCAGAAGAAGACUCAGGAGAAGAAGAAAGUGAAGGGUUUGGGAAAAGAAAUCACUCUUCUCAUGCAGACUCUGAACACAUUGAGCACCCCAGAGGAAAAGCUUGCAGGUCUCUGUAAGAAGUAUGCCGAACUGCUGGAAGAGCACCGCAACACCCAGAAGCAGAUGCGAGUGCUGCAGAAGAAGCAGAACCAGCUGGUCCAGGAGAAAGACAACCUGAGGAACGAACACAGCAAGGCCAUCCUGGCUCGCAGCAAGCUGGAAAGUCUCUGCAGGGAGCUGCAGAGACACAACCGCACACUCAAGGAAGAAGGGAUGCAAAGAACACGUCUGGAGGAGGAGAAAAGAAAGGAAGUGACCUCCCAUUUCCAGGUGACACUGAAUGACAUCCAGGCUCAGAUGGAGCAGCACAACGAGAGGAACGCCAGUCUCCGACAGGAGAACACCGAGCUGGCUGAGAAACUGAAGAAGCUCUAUGAACAAUACAAACUACGAGAAGAGCACAUAGAUAAAGUGGUCAAGCACAAAGACCUGCAGCAACAGCUGGUGGACGCCAAGCUGCACCAGGCUCAGGAACUGCUGAAGGAGUCAGAAGAACGGCACGACAGAGAGAAAGAAUUUCUGCUGAAAGAAGCAGUGGAGUCUCAAAGGAUGUGUGAGCUAAUGAAGCAGCAGGAAGUUCACCUCAAGCAGCAGCUGUCACUGUACACAGAGAAGUUUGAAGAGUUUCAGACCACUUUGUCCAAGAGCAACGAGGUCUUCACCACGUUCAAACAGGAGAUGGAGAAGAUGACUAAAAAGAUAAAAAAGCUGGAAAAGGAGACGGCCAUGUAUCGGUCCAGGUGGGAGAGCAGCAACAAGGCUCUUCUGGAGAUGGCAGAGGAGAAAUCUGUGCGCGACCAUGACUUUGAGGCACUUCAGGGUAAAGUCCAGCGGCUCGAGAAGCUGCGGCGGGCGUUAAAGGUUGAGCGCAAUGAGCUCAACAAGAAGGUUCAGAACCUCAGCGAUCCGCACAGUGGCACCGCAGGAGCCCCCACCUCCGACCCAGGGACUGACUCCCCCUCUCCGCCACCUACAGACUCUUUGCUGGAACCCAGCAGCCACCCUGUCCCAGAUAUGACCCCCUGCUCCCAGUCCUGCCACUGUGACCCAGAACUGGACACAGACGCCCUGCUAGAAGGGGCAAAGGCUCAGCCCAUUGCUGCACAGGAAUGAAGCAACGCUGCUCACCGUCUCCCCUCUCCCCUUCAGCAUCAAGCCACCAAACAAUAAGCCACCAGCCUGCAAGCCACUACUCCUCUGCUGGAUGAAGCUGAUGUUAAACACUGAUCCAGAAGCAGAUCAGAUAGCAAGUUUAACUUGUGUCCUCCCAGCAUGCUCUGCAGGCUUUAUAAAGGUGAUGGGAAGAUUGUGCCUCAUGUCAGUACAUUUACAUGCACACCAUAAUUCAGUUACUGUGAAUAACCCGAUUAAUGCAAUAGUUUGAUUCAAUGGUCUGCAAUAACCUCAUUUCCCCAGUGAUCACAUUUUAUGAUUAAUUUAUUAGUCUACAGAAAACGUCUAAUUAGCAUCAGGUUGAGGGGGGAUAUGGAAGAUAUUUUUGGUGGUGUUUUUUUUUUUUUCAAGUUGCUAAAUGAUUUAAUUUAUUAGUCGUAAAAUUUUAGAUGACACUCCAAAAAAAACAUGCUACACAUGCUGCUAUUUCUGUAUAGAAACACGGGUUUCAGUCCACAACCUCUCUGGCAUAUGCACUUAAUUCAAGCAUUGAAAGAUAUCAGGCUCGAGGUGUAUACAUAUCACAGUCAUCAAGAAGACAGCUCUGUUAUGCUCGGUCCAACUUAAACCUUUACUUGACGGCCCUGUUUACAUGAUAGCUGCAGCAAUCUGUAAUGUCAUGAUCAGUGUGCAUGUAAAUGCACAAACUGCCUCUGUGCUCUUUUAUUACACAUUCCCUUUUUUAACUUGCAUCAAACAUGGAACUGCUUGGCAGGAUAAAUAACAGUGCUGCUUGGGAUGACACAAGACAAACAGGUAUAUGGCAAGAGGAUUUAUCAGAGGUUGAAUUAUUAUAUUACGUUGUGUGUGUGCGCGUGUGUGCGUGUUGGGCCACUUGUUCUCAUGUGCAUCUUCAGUGUCAAUGUUAUGGGCAGGGGUUUGAUUCCUAGUUUGCAGUAUCCUAAAGGCCACUGAUAGUAACUUCAUGUUUUUCUUUCAGGUGAAGUCUUAAAAGAGAGAGAGAAACAAAUAAUGUUAUAGCUAAUUCAAAUGACAAAAUAUAGAAUUCUACAUAAUUAUCGUUUUUUUUCUUAUUUUUUACACAGCUCAAAUGUUCAGAACACUUUACAAUGUUUGUUUCACCAGAGUUUUCUGUUCUUUAGGGAAAUGUUUCUUUGUUUUCUUGUUUUUAUCACACUACUGCAUUUUUGCGGUGUUUGAUUUUGUGGUCUGUAUUUAUUGUUUGAAGCAUAAUCUCUGAUAUUGAAGUGUAUGUAUCUUACAGAGCACCACUAUAAAAAUAAAACAGUUUAUUUUUAUUAAUUUAGAAAAUAUAUCAAGGUGUUACUUUUAUGACCAACUUUUCAUUCCCAGCCUUUGUUCUUAGCUCCAUUUGUUUCGUGUUUCUUUUUUUUUCUGCUUAUCGUGAUAACGACCACUUUAAACUUGUUGAACUCCAUCUUCGUGCGUUGGUACGAGUGGUGUGUCCAUGUGUCUGUGUGAGAGGCUUAUGUGGUUAGGAUCGUCUCCUCCCAGACCUGGUAAUUGCAGUAGCUUGUGAUCAGGUUUUAACUAGAGAAUGUUCAAGGACCUCUAUGCAACGCUUGCCUCUUGGUUUUAUUCUGUGGCAGUCUGAACUGACAAGCACUUAGCUGAGAAUGUAUAUUCAUUAUAUCAACUGUCCUGCAUGGAUGUAUUAUGUAAACAGACAACAUAUCUCGAAGCAGAACUCUAUUUUUGCUUAGGUUUGAACCCGGUUAAUUUCCUCUCAAUUGUUAUUUAACAUCGACCGACAUAUUGUGCAUCUCCCUGAUGCUUUUAAAGGGCGCAGUGACUGAGCCGAGUGGCAACAAGGAGGGAGAAUUAGAGAAAAUGUUAUUGGACUACUGAACAUGUCCAUUUCCUAUCUUCAGACAUGUACUACUUGAUAUGUAGCAUCGGUAACAAGGUGUCAACUUAUAGAAUCAGUCAUUUUUUAAUAGAAAUGACAAACCUAAUUUCUUCCAUUGUCACACAGGACAGAUUCAUUGUACCUCCGGUCCAGAGGUGGAUGUGGAGCAUGAGAAGGAACCAAAGAUGUUUCCUUUUUGUUUUUUGCAGUACUUUUAUCUGGCCCUGUAUAUUUGGUUUCUUGUUAAAUAAAAGAUGUAACAAUGUA